CCCCUGGACCAGGAAGGCCAAGGUGCCCUGGGGUUUGACCCCAGGCAUUGUGGCCUCCCUAGCUGCUGGAUUUUGAGUGGGUUGCAGAAAUCAGGAUUUACUGGACAAGGCAGCUACACCUAAAAGAAUGGCUGAGGUUGGAGCAGAGGGGCUCCCCAGGCAGUAGGCACAGCAAAGAUGGGAGGGGAGAGUGAGGCCUCAAAGGGGAGGUGCCACCAAGGUCCCCUACAUGGUUCCUAGCUCAAAUGUGCUUGUCCUCCAGAAGCCCCUCCCCUAGUCUGUCUCUAUCUCUCUGUAUCUCUACUCACAUUCCCCAUCAAAGCCCUGGUCCCUACAGAUGCCUCUGUCUCCCCUGCAGGUCCUGGAGGCAGCUCCUGCUGGGAUGGCGGCUCCAGCAUCUUUAAGGGCCACAGGGGGUCCAGCCCCACCGGGGGCACCCUAGGACUCCCACAGCCAUCUGUGCACCUGCCCCCCACUCAUCUGUGGGCCACUCGCCAUGGGUGGGUGCUUCUCCAAGCCCAAGCCAGUGGAGCUCAAGAUCGAGGUGGUGCUGCCUGAGAAGGAGCGGGGCAAGGAGGAGCUGUCAGCCAGCGGGAAGGGCAGUCCCCGGGCCUACCAGGGCAAUGGCACAGCCCGCCACUUCCACACUGAGGAGCGCCUGCCCGCCCCUCACCCGUACCCUGGUGCUCAGGACUGUGUGGAGGCCGCCAUCUGCCAUGUCAAGGACCUCGAGAAUGGCCAGAUGCGGGAAGUAGAGCUGGGCUGGGGGAAAGUGUUGCUGGUGAAGGACAACGGGGAGUUCCACGCUCUGGGCCACAAGUGUCCACACUAUGGUGCACCCCUGGUGAAAGGUGUGCUGUCCCGUGGCCGGGUGCGCUGCCCCUGGCAUGGUGCCUGCUUCAACAUCGGCACCGGUGACCUAGAGGAUUUCCCUGGCCUGGACAGUCUGCACAAAUUCCAGGUGAAGAUUGAGAAGGAGAAGGUGUACGUCCGAGCCAGUAAGCAGGCCUUGCAGCUACAGCGAAGAACCAAAGUGAUGGCCAAGUGUAUCUCUCCAAGUGCUGGCCACAGCAGCAGCACCAACGUGCUCAUUGUAGGCGCAGGUGCAGCUGGCUUGGUAUGUGCAGAGACAUUGCGGCAGGAGGGGUUCUCAGACAGGAUCGUCUUGUGCACACUGGACCGGCACCUCCCCUAUGACCGGCCUAAGCUCAGCAAGUCCCUGGAUGCACAGCCUGAGCAGCUGGCCCUGAGGCCCAAGGAGUUCUUCCGAGCCUAUGGCAUCGAGGUGCUCACCGAGGCCCAGGUGGUUACGGUGGACGUGAGAAACAAGAAGGUUGUGUUCAAGGAUGGCUUCAAGCUGGAGUACAGCAAGCUGCUUCUCGCACCAGGGAACAGCCCUAAGAUGCUGAGCUGCAAAGGCAAAGAGGUGGAGAACGUGUUCACUAUCCGGACACCUGAAGAUGCCAAUCGUGUGGUGAGGCUAGCCCGGGGCCGCAACGCAGUGGUCGUGGGAGCUGGCUUCCUGGGGAUGGAGGUGGCUGCUUAUCUGACUGAAAAGGCCCACUCAGUGUCCGUGGUGGAGCUGGAGGAGACACCCUUCAGGAGAUUUUUGGGGGAACGUGUCGGUCGUGCCCUCAUGAAAAUGUUUGAGAACAACCGGGUCAAGUUCUACAUGCAGACAGAGGUGUCUGAGCUACGGGCCCAGGAGGGAAAGCUGAAGGAGGUCGUGCUGAAGAGCAGCAAGGUUGUGCGGGCUGACGUCUGUGUUGUGGGCAUUGGUGCGGUGCCUGCCACGGGCUUCCUGAGGCAGAGCAGCAUCAAUCUGGAUUCCCGAGGCUUCAUCCCUGUCAACAAGAUGAUGCAGACCAACGUUCCGGGCGUGUUUGCAGCUGGCGAUGCUGUCACUUUCCCCCUCGCCUGGAGAAACAAUCGGAAAGUGAACAUCCCACAUUGGCAGAUGGCUCAUGCCCAGGGGCGCGUGGCGGCCCAGAAUAUGCUGGCGCAGGAGGCGGAGAUCAGCACCGUGCCCUACCUGUGGACAGCCAUGUUUGGCAGGAGCCUGCGCUACGCUGGGUACGGAGAAGGCUUCGACGACGUCAUCAUCCAGGGGGAUCUGGAAGAGCUCAAGUUCGUGGCUUUUUACACCAAAGGCGAUGAGGUGAUUGCUGUGGCCAGCAUGAAUUACGAUCCAAUCGUGUCCAAGGUGGCUGAGGUGCUAGCCUCGGGCCGUGCCAUCCGGAAGCGGGAGGUGGAGACCGGCGACAUGUCCUGGCUCACAGGGAAAGGAUCCUGAGCUCGCAUGCAGCAGACUUGGGCAGGCACGCUGGGGCACCAGGGACAGAGGCCAAGCCUUGGGGGCAGGUGCCAACCUCCAAUUUCCCAGGAUCCCCCAGGGCAGAACCUGAGCCUUCCCUGUGCUUGCCUUCGGUUGCCUGGCUCACCUCCAGAGAGGCUUCUGCUGCCUCCAGGAGAUGCUUACCCCCCAAGGCCUCAGCUGCCACUGAUGGCUGACAAUGGAGGCAGGACAGGCCUGUCCUCUUCUCCCUUUCUUGAGACUGGUUCCCUACAGGACCCUGCAACAUAUUAGAUAUUAUCUUAAAAUUAAAAUGCACACGUUUGCAGAUCU